AUGCAGGCCUGCUGUAGCCCUACAGACACACAAACAGAACGACAGACAGACCUGCCGGAGACCGACUUGUGUGCCAGUUUGAUGGGCUUAGUGUCAAUAACUUUAUGGUCUGAGUUGUACAGACCCGUCCGGACGGCAGUUGCCGUGGUGACAUUUCAACCCCACGCGUCCGUUAGUUCCGUCUGUCACUAUGCGACCUGGCAACAGGCAGCACACAUCGACAGAGGCCAUGGGCUUAGUUACGAUUGA